CGGCCACUCCCUCCCUCCCUCCCGUCCCCUCAUCCUCUUCCUCUCUGCCCCGUCCGCUCUCCGUCACAAGCCUCACCGCGCGCAGCGUCCUCGUCUCCUUCGCCUUCGGGCAGCGCGGCAAUGCGGACGUUCCACGCCGCGUCCGCCUCCUUCCUCGCGCCGCCCGCUCCCCACCUCCACCUUCCCCCAGUCGCACCGGCCCUAAGAGGGGGUCUAUCGGCAAAGGUUCCUGUCCCUGCGGCGGUCGCCAGCCGGUCGCGCUCCUGCUUCCCGCCGUCGCGCCGCGCGAGCCGGCGCCGGCGAUGCUCCAGGGCUGCUUCGUCCGGCGCUGCUGCGACAGUCACCUCGGCGGAUGAUGCCAAGAAGGAUGUGCUCAUAGCACUCUCCCAAAUCAUUGAUCCUGAUUUCGGCACGGACAUCGUCUCAUGUGGGUUUGUCAAGGACUUAGAGAUCAGCGAUGCAUUGGAUAAGGUCUCAUUUCGCCUGGAGCUGACAACUCCCGCAUGUCCAAUCAAAGACGAGUUUGAACAAAAGGCAAACGAGGUUGUUGCAGCACUUCCAUGGGUCAAGAAGGUAGAAGUCACAAUGUCUGCGCAGACUGCACAGCCGGUGUAUGGAGGUGAGCUCCCGGAAGGACUGCAGAAGAUCUCAAACAUCAUAGCAGUAUCAAGCUGCAAGGGAGGAGUUGGAAAAUCAACUGUUGCUGUAAAUCUAGCUUAUACACUAGCUGGAAUGGGAGCUAGGGUUGGAAUCUUUGAUGCUGAUGUCUUCGGUCCAAGCUUACCAACUAUGGUUUCUCCUGAAAACCGAUUGCUAGUGAUGAACCCAGAAAGCAGAGCUAUUCUUCCGACUGAGUAUUUGGGCGUCAAAAUGGUGUCUUUUGGAUUUGCUGGACAAGGAAGAGCAAUUAUGAGAGGUCCAAUGGUUUCAGGAGUCAUUAAUCAGUUGCUGACCACUACUGACUGGGGCGAGCUUGACUACCUUGUCAUUGACAUGCCUCCUGGAACAGGCGACAUACACUUAACACUCUGUCAGGUAGCCCCAUUGACUGCAGCUGUGAUUGUUACCACGCCUCAGAAGCUGGCUUUCAUUGAUGUCGCAAAGGGAGUAAGGAUGUUCUCCAAGCUGAAGGUUCCUUGUGUUGCAGUUGUUGAGAACAUGUGCUACUUUGAUGCUGAUGGGAAGCGUUAUUACCCAUUCGGACAAGGUUCUGGAACUCAGGCAAGAAACAAAACAUAUCAAUUAUUUCGUAGCAUACUUCUCUUGGAUGGUUGUUGGAUUGCUUUUGAAAUGCGAUCACUGUUUCAGGUUGUGCAGCAAUUUGGAAUACCUCAUCUCUUCGAUUUGCCAAUACGGCCAACUCUUUCAGCUUCUGGAGAUACUGGAAUUCCUGAAGUGGUGGCUGAUCCACAAGGAGAUGUUGCCAAGACAUUUCAAAAUCUUGGAGUUUGUGUUGUUCAACAAUGUGCCAAAAUUAGGCAACAAGUUUCAACAGCAGUGUCCUAUGAUAGAUCAAUUAGAGCGAUCAGAGUGAAAGUGCCAGAUUCAGAUGAAGAGUUCUUGUUGCAUCCGGCAACAGUCAGGCGGAAUGAUCGAUCUGCUCAAAGUGUGGAUGAAUGGACAGGAGAGCAGAAAAUUCAGUACAGCGAUGUACCAGAUGACAUCGAGCCUGAAGAGAUUAGACCGAUGGGAAACUACGCUGUUUCUAUUACUUGGCCUGAUGGAUUCAGUCAGAUAGCACCUUAUGACCAAUUGGAAAUGCUUGAGCGGUUAGUGGAUGCUCCGCGUGCAGCAACACCUGCAGUGGCCUCAUCAUGAUACAGGGGAAAACUGUGUUCGGUUAUCAAGGGACAAGAAAACAGGCUUUCCUUGCAAUUAGAUAAUUUAUAGGUCUACAGUGAAUUUUGAAUGAUUUCUCAAGUUGUUGAACCAACAUAAUUAAAAUUAUUUAUUGAAAUAAGAGAUAGUGUUCUUCUUACUUUCAGCUGACAGGUGUGAGAUUUGAAACUAUGGUGUAAGGGACAGACGUGCUGGUGAAUAAUGCGGCAAUUUCUGUUUUAGCUGAAAUUUGAGUACUUC